AUGCUCAAGAGCGGCAUCGCCCGUAGCUUGGGCAAGUCUGCCUUUGCUCGACCUUCAAUCGCUCGACGCGCCUUCGAACCUCUUCGAAGACAAGCUAUCCCGGCCAUUGCACAGAGAUGGGCUUCCACCGACUCCGCCCGUGAGGGAAAGAUUCAUCAGGUCAUCGGCGCCGUCGUUGAUGUCAAAUUCGACACCGAGCAGCUUCCAGCAAUUCUCAAUGCCCUCGAAACCAGCAACAAUGGUCAGAAGCUCGUCUUGGAGGUUGCGCAACAUUUGGGCGAGAACAUCGUGAGAUGCAUUGCUAUGGACGGUACCGAGGGUCUUGUCCGAGGUCACACAGUUACCGACACUGGAAACCCCAUCAUGAUUCCAGUCGGCCCCGGCACGUUGGGCCGUAUCAUGAACGUUACUGGUGAUCCCAUCGAUGAGAGAGGGCCCAUCAAAGCAACCAAGUUGGCCCCUAUCCACGCCGAUGCCCCAUCAUUCGUUGAACAGUCCACAUCCGCCGAAGUGCUUGUUACGGGCAUCAAGGUCGUGGACCUUUUGGCUCCCUAUGCUCGUGGUGGAAAGAUUGGCCUCUUCGGUGGUGCUGGUGUCGGCAAGACUGUGUUUAUCCAGGAGCUGAUUAACAACAUCGCCAAGGCUCACGGUGGUUACUCUGUGUUCACUGGUGUGGGUGAACGUACUCGUGAGGGCAAUGAUUUGUACCACGAAAUGCAGGAGACAUCCGUCAUUCAACUUGAUGGCGAAUCCAAGGUCGCCUUGGUGUUCGGCCAAAUGAACGAGCCCCCCGGAGCUCGUGCUCGUGUUGCGUUGACUGGGUUAACUGUGGCCGAAUUUUUCCGCGACGAAGAAGGCCAGGACGUGUUGCUCUUCAUCGACAACAUCUUCCGAUUCACUCAAGCCGGUUCUGAGGUGUCUGCUUUGCUUGGUCGUAUUCCCUCUGCCGUCGGUUACCAACCCACACUGGCCGUCGACAUGGGUCUGAUGCAGGAACGUAUCACUACGACGCAGAAGGGUUCUAUCACAUCCGUGCAGGCCGUCUACGUGCCCGCUGACGAUUUGACCGAUCCUGCCCCUGCUACGACCUUUGCCCAUUUGGAUGCCACCACUGUGUUGUCGCGCGGUAUCUCCGAGUUGGGUAUCUACCCGGCCGUCGAUCCCCUUGAUUCCAAGUCGCGAAUGUUGGACCCUCGAGUUGUUGGUCAAGAGCACUACGACACCGCAUCCCGAGUCCAGCAGAUGUUGCAAGAGUACAAGUCGCUACAGGAUAUCAUCGCCAUUUUGGGUAUGGAUGAAUUGUCCGAAGCCGAUAAGCUGACUGUCGAACGUGCCCGUAAGAUCCAGAGAUUCUUGAGCCAGCCUUUCACUGUCGCUCAGGUCUUCACUGGUAUCGAGGGUAAGCUGGUCGACAUCAAGGACACGAUCAGCUCUUUCCAGAAGAUCAUGAACGGCGAAGGUGAUGAUCUCCCAGAAGGUGCUUUCUACAUGGUCGGUGACUUUGAAAGUGCACGAGCGAAGGGUGAGAAGAUCCUGGCCGAACUUGAGAAGUCGUAA